AGCCAUGACUGCAAACAAAAGUUGUUUUGAUUUGUUAUGACUUAUUUUGACGUUAAGCUGACAUUGUUAGCAAUGUGAAACUACUAGAUUAAAAUCAAAAUUUUUAUUAAAUCGAUUUAAAACGCCAAGAUUUACAGUCAAGCAAACACGAGAUAUUACUCCUAAAGUAACUAUUUUAAGUGUUCACUUACGAUUGGAGUGAAUAACAGCAAUAGAAAACUUUACGCAUUAAGUAAAUACUUUCAUUUUCGCAAGUGUUUAAAUUAUGGCAGCAUUUAUGAAUAUACGUAAAGUUAAACAAUAUCGUGAUCGUGUACAGAUAUAAGUCCAAAUAGUGCAAAACGUCUUUUAAGGUUUGAAAAUGAAGAUAUCGAUUUCAUUACAAACUAUUUCUUACCAGAAACCAACGAAACUCGAGGUGGUGCACUGUCCUCAAGAAAAUAUAUUGUAAUAUUUCUCCGGUAUAUUAGUGACCCUGGUUUUCAAAGUGGUGUUGCAAACGAUUUUGGUAUUAAAAGGACAACAGUUUGUAAGACUGCAAAUUUUUGUG